UUGUCUUGUGAAAUUGCAUUCUUCUACUAGCACUACUCUUCAUCAGAGCGUUAAAAGAUUUACGAUGGCUUUAGUCUUCACCGCCAGCCUGCUUCUCCUUACCAUAUUGGUGCCAUUAUGCGAGGGGUCAUGCUGCCCGAAUUUCUUCAUGCGAAAAGGCGACUGGUGCUACCACUACAACUCCGCCAAGAAAGAUUGGAAUCAAGCGAACUUGGCAUGUAAAGCUCUCGGUGCUGAACUCGUAAGCAUCCACGGAGCUGACGAGAGCAACGAAAUCUAUGGUCUGUGGCAGAGUCUUCUUGACGAGGGUAAAGCAGAUGAUGGUGACUUUUCCUAUUGGAUAGGGUUACACGACUUGCAAUACGAAGGUUACUAUCAAUGGAGUGACGGGACGGAGGUUAACUACCUACUCUGGCAGUCGGGCGAACCGAACAACAAUGGCAAUGAGGACUGCGUCGCUCCUCGGAACCACGGGUCCAACGCGGAAAGGCAGUUCUGGAAUGAUUACGACUGCAGCGAAAAGAAGCCUUACUUUUGCCGAUUUCCGAUUUCGUCUUAGUAACUAAUUGCCUCACGCGAUCUUCCGGGAUGACUGCAAGGAAACAACGCGGUCAAAAUAACCGCAUAUUAUUGGGAUAUUGGUAAUGUUGAUGAGCAAAUAUUGAGAAAAUUCAAAAUUGCAUGCCAUAGAAAAUUUCACUUAAAUCAGAUGUAGAAUGAUAAAGGUUACGAAAUAUUUUGUGUUGUUGUGACAUAACAGUGGUUUGCGAGAACGCGUGGACGAUCUCGAUUUGGAAAAGAUGUUACUACUAUUAAUUGAACGAUUCCUUGCUUGAAAAAUCUGUAAAUUUCACAACAUUUUUUCAAUCUGCUGUCUGAAUAAACGAUGGACUUCAAUUUGUUUUGGACUGAUAAUAUUAAAUGGGUAGUCAUGUAAAAUAUCAACAAAGAAAGCAGAAACCAUUUUUUAUUUUAGUCAUCCUCAGGCACUAGUCGGUGGUAAUUUCUUCCUCUUGUACACAUUCUUGUUUUUCUUUGCCGGGAAAUAAAAUAAAUAAAUAAGUAAACAAACAAUUAAAUAAAAAAUGUCAAUUGGUGAUAAGAGGUUACAAAAAUGUUGCGUGUCGUAAGGAACAUUUCUGAGUCCCGUAUACGACACACAGCAUUUUCACCUUUCAUUAAAAUCAUAAUAAACAUUUUGCGUUGGUUAUCAGUUUUUCACCCACCAUUACUUUAUCAUUGACAAUGUAUAUAUAUAUAUAUAUAUUGUCUCGCAAACCACUGUUAUGUCACAACAACACAAAAUAUUUCGUAACCUUUAUCAUUCUACAUCUGAUCACCAAAAACAAAAAGGACUUUCCAGUGGCCGACCACUUCAACCUCCCUAAUCACUCUGUCAAAGAUAUCAAAGUCUGCAUCUUCGGCGGAGGGUACAGAUCGGCAGAGGAACGGAAAUGGGCUGAGCUGAGACAUAUCGUCAAAAGCCGCACGUUUGAAAGUGGCCUCAACAAAGAUCUGUCUUGGCUCAACGCAUUCACAUUCUAUAGAUAAUCAUAUCUUUCUCCUCUUUGCCUUAAUUUCCUUAAUUCAGCUAUCUUGUUUAUUAUGAUCUCUCUGUGCAAUGUGCAGCGUGCGCGGUCUCAGUUA